AUGAAGAUUCCCCCGACCCUGGAGCCCCAAGCGGUGCUGCUCCAUCCAGGCACCCUCACCAAGCAUUUUCGGAGCAUUAUCGGAAGCAACCCUUCAGUGGACCAUCUCAACUCAAUUAAUUCAUACAUUCUUCACCAGAUAUAUACUGAGGCUAUCCCUGUUACAGCGUAUAGAGUCUGGCUGCCUAUCGCCUGUAGGCAUUCGAGUCAUUUUCUCAACAAUGCACUACGGGAUCAAACCUCCUCUGGAGUCCGCAGAGCAGGUAUCAAAUAUCUCCAUCAGGUUUUCCACAGACUGAACUGGAAGAAGAGCGGAUGGGACCCGCUGGGAGGUGCUAAGGGGAUUAAAGAAAUUAUCGAUGAACUCCCGCUUGAUGAAGUACGAUUGCUGGUACAAGCCAUUUCCCGAGGCGGCCCCUGCUCAGAUUGGGAUUCGCUGAUGGCAUGUACCGAAGAGCUCAUGGAUUUGAUUCAACAGUCGGAUACUUGGACCACCAGAUCAUUGUCUCUUUAUGUUUUCCGACUAUACGCACAAUGUACUCCGAAUAAAGUGGCGGAUAUUCUCGAUUCUGGACAUCCUGAAUCCCCCGACUUAUGCAAAGACCUCGCACUCUUGCACCCGAAGCUCUUACGACAGGUGGCAACAGGGGUGAUUCAUGUGUCUCCGGGUGUGCGGAAGCGUGUUCUGGAUCAUUGCAAGGACGCAUUGCUUAUAUCAAGAGAACCUUACUUUUCACUACAUGCUACAGGGUCGCAGUCUGACCUACUUCCCGGGCUCGUGUUUGGAAUAGAUAUUCUGCAGGUUCUGAUUUCCGAUCGUGCCUUACGUUCAAACACAUAUAGAGCCAGUGAAUGGAUUGACCGAAUUCUUGCUCUAGCGGUUCGCCAAGGACUCCCAUUCGAAACUAUUCUUCCGAUUUUCAACGCUUGCUUGGAGUUGGCUCGACUUGUGAACUCUUCUAACUGGCUAUCCCAGCCUCUUCCGGGACAACUUCUCCAACUCUGGAAUCUUGCAUGGUUUGGCUCCACCAAUUGGAAACAGGAUGCAUCCAACACGUUCAUCAAAAAGACGAGGAAUGGCUCUCAAUGCAGACCUACUGCGCAAAGUCGAUCUGCUUUGGACAGGUCCCUGGUGGAGAAUGUUCUGCAGAUUAGGGACGAGCGAUUGUCAAUUCAGCCUGUCCAACCGGCUCAAACAUUCAAGUCCACGCACCACCCACGUUUAGCAUUCACGAAUCUUGUUAUCAGUGUACUAAUGAAAGUGAAAUCAGAAGGAAGGUAUGAGCUCCUCAAACGUCUAUGCGAGCACUCGCCAAGCCUCAAGUUCGAUAUCACGGCAUGGCCUCCAAUAAAAGAAGAGAGAAAUCUUGAAGAGAAAAGUCUUGUUUCGAUUUGGACUUACGGUAUUCUGCGCUCAUUGCCCCAUGAUCACUCUAAAUUGCUCUUCCAAAGAUCACUGUCGUUGCAUCGCUGCGAGGAUUUCCUGCCAAGUGGCGAGGAGAAGGGAAGUCCAUGGACGUUGUCUUGGCAGCAACAGUGCAUGCUUUGGGCAUGUUGGGAGUCUAUGACGGCCAAAACGAUUGAUGAUAUGCCAGUCACUAAUAAAGGUAUGCAAGCCCAUGCAAAUAUCUAG